AUGUCUGACCACGAUAACAACCUCACUCCCGUUGACGAGAAGCCUCAGUCUCUUCAGUCCGACGACAAGGUCACCUCCAAAGAAUUCGCGGACCAUGAUCAGCUCAACCAUCUUCACAUAGCCACCCGCUCCGUCGUUUCCACCGAGGGCGUCAUCGACGCCGCAGAACUCAAUCAGGUCCUCGACGAAGCCGCCAUCGAGGCCGCUGGUCAGGGAGAGAGCAACAGUCUCUACCUCUGGGGCCUCACUUUCUUUGCCACCAUCGGAGGUCUGCUUUUUGGAUAUGACACAGGUGCCAUCUCAAGUGUUCUCGUCCAGGUUGGCAGCGACCUCGACAGCAGACCCCUCACCGAUGGAAACAAGGAAUUCAUCACCGCUGCACUCACCGUCGGCGCCAUCAUCUCUGCGCUCUGCGCCGGCGUCGUCGCAGACAAGAUCGGCCGAAAGUGGACCCUCGUUAUCUGCGACAUCAUGUUCGUCAUCGGUGCCAUCGUCCAAGCCGCCGCUCACAAGAAAUACGAAAUGGUCAUUGGCAGAGUUCUGCUAGGAUUCGGAGUUGGCGCUGCAGCACAAAUCGUUCCCGUAUACAUCCAAGAACUUGCACCAGCUCGAGCACGAGGCCGCCUUACAUGCUUGAACAGCAUCGCCGUCACGGGCGGUCAGGUCGUCGCAUAUGCCAUCGGAGCUGGAUUUGAGAAUGUAUCGUCGGGAUGGCGCUGGAUCAUUGCUCUCGGAGCCUUCCCUCCCAUCGUCCAGGUCUUCGGAAUCCACUUCUUCAUGUCCGAGUCGCCACGCUACCUCGUCAAACAGCGACGCGAGGAUGAAGCUGCACGCGCUCUCGCACGCAUCUAUCCUCUUGCUACCCCUGAACAGAUCAAUGCAAAAGUCGGCGUCCUCAAGAAGCACAUCCAGGUCGAGGAGGCUCCUCUUCGCCAAAGGAUUGCCAAAGUAUGGACCGAUGUACCUACUCGUAGGGCGGUCUUCUUGACAAGUAGCACGCUCGCGGCGCAACAACUUUCGGGAUUUAAUUCUCUCCUCUACUUCUCCAACACCCUAUUCCAGAAGGCUGGCUUGCGCAACUACACCGCCACCAGUCUCAUCGUCAGCGGCGCCAACUUCGCCUGCACCUUCAUUCCCCUCAAGUAUAUCGAUCGCGUCGGCCGUCGUCGCUUCCUUCUCGCUACAAUGCCCUGCGUCAUUCUGUUCUUGGUUUGCACCGCUGGCAUCUUCGCCAAGAUGCUCCAGCCAACCAAUCAGCGUCUGGUCGAGGGCUAUUCGUACCCUACUUCAUACACUUCAGCAAUGCUUGUCUUUAUGGUUCUCUACGUCUGUUCGUACGCCAUUGGUCUCGGCAACGUCCCCUGGCAGCAGGGCGAGUUCUAUUCCACCGAGACUCGCAUGAUCGGCACCUCUAUCUCCACGGCCGUCAACUGGGCAGGCAAUCUCGUCGUCUCGUCCACCUUCCUCAGCCUCAUGAACGCCAUCACUCCUUCGGGUGCCUUCGGUUUCUUCGCAGGUCUCACCUUUGUCUUCCUCGUCCUCAUCUACUUCCUCUACCCUGAAACAUCGCUUCUUUCGCUCGAAGAGGUGCGCACUACUCUCGACGGCGGUUUCAAUGUCAAGAAGAGUCUCAAGGUCCGAAAGGAGAAGAUCGCUCUCUGGAAGGCUCAGAGGGAGGCUGCUCACGCUGAGACCUCUGCCUAA